GUGCCUACCGACCCCUUGAUCUUGCAAAUCGACCAGAUCAUUCGCCAACGGCAAGAGGAGCUCUUUCACCGCCUGAGCCAUGCGCUCGAGUCCCUCCGAGCCGGCCCUGCGACCAGCGCUGGUCGGAGCGGCACCAUCGGCACCAUGGAGACGGUGGAGAGCCUCAGUGCGGUGAAUCUGCAGUCGAUCAACAAAAGUGAGGACUGGCAUAAUCUGCUGCAUGAAGCGCGCUUGGAAGAUUGUGGGGUGAAGCUCCAAAGUCUGGAGGCACCCGAAAAGAUCCAAGCAGAGGGCGCUCAAGCGCCUGAAGCGCCGGAUCCAAGGAGCCAAACACGUAAGGCGCAGGGAGCAAGAAAGAAGAGAUGGCAAGUGAAUGCGAUUCCACUGUUGGAGGAGGAGGAAUACGAGGCGCUUGCUGAUGAGCGUUCCAGGCGCCGUGCGCAGCGCACGGCCUCCACCGACGAGACAGAAGAGAAGCCAGUGCCGGACUUGCACACUUGGUCGUCGCACUUGGCCAACUGGGUCAACUCCAAAAACUUUGAAGGUAUUUUUGCAGCAGUGAUCUUCAGCAACUCUAUCUUCUUAGGCAUUUCUUUGGAGUAUGAAUCAGGGAAUAUUGGCCUCGACCCGCCGCCGAUCUUUAAGGUCUUUGAUCUCACUUAUGCAGCGUUGUUUACGCUGGAGCUGCUGCUGAAGAUCUGGGUGGAUGGACGGAACUUCUUCUGCACCAAGGAUCGAGGGACGAUAUUUUGGAACUACUUGGAUCUCACCAUCGUUUGCACCUCGAUGGUUGAAGUGAUCUUCGACAUUCUCCUGGUGGUUCAAGCAGGUGACAGUGAAACUCGCAUCGCUCCCACGAAUUUGAUCCGUGUCGUGCGCAUCGUGCGGGUGCUUCGCGUCAUGCGAGUCAUUAAGGUGGUGAAAUUUAUAUCUGGUCUCACCUCGCUGAUCAGUUCCAUCCUAUCCACCCUAAAGUCCUUGUUGUGGAGCUUGCUGCUGCUCUUGAUGGUCAUCUAUGUGUUUGGAAUCCUCUUCACAGACACCGUCAUAGGCUACACCAGCCUCCAUAACGUGGACACCGUGGCAGAAGGUUCCAUGGAAGCAGAUCUCCUGACGCACUUCGGGUCCCUGCAUCUCUCGAUGCACACGCUCUUCCGUUCUGUCACCGGGGGAGUGGACUGGGGGGAUAUGGCCAACUUGCUCAUCUACAUCAAUUGGAUCUGGGGCUACUUUUUCACUGGCUACAUAGCGUUCUCAUAUUUCGCGGUCCUAAAUGUCAUGACUGCCGUGUUUUGCAAACGGGCCAUUGAGAGUGCCGAGCAGGACGAACAGAACAUCAUGCAGAGAUUUCAUGAAGAUCAGAAGCGAUCCAGGAAGUGUAUCGAGCAACUCUUCCAUAUCUUUGAUGGUCUCGAGGCGGAUGGAGCCAUUACGCUCUGCGAGCUGGAGAAUUUCUUCGAACAGGAAGAGGUUCGAGCGAUGUUCCAAUCGCUGGACCUCAGUGCCAGGGAUAGCUGGACGCUCUUCAAGCUUUUGGAUGAAGCAGGCAAUGGUGACAUCAAUCUCUCGGAGUUUAUGGAAGGUUGUCUGCGACUUCGUGGACCUGCAAAGGCUCUUGACAUUGCCUGCGUGAUGGAUGAGAGCAGGCGGAUCAAGAGAAAGGUCUUCUUGGCGGACGAACGCUUACAGCAACUGGAAAGCCAGAUGGGCUGCCUGCUGACAAAAGGCCUGCCGGUCGCCCAGGGCAACGACGCCGGGCCGAAAUAUCACGAAGGUGUUAAGCGCGAGAAGGCACUUCAGUUGCCAGACCAAGAGUUUGACCUGCCGUAUGACGUAGGUCCGGAUCUGGACUUUGACGUUCAUCCACAGAUUCUGCUCCCAGGGACUCUGCUGACCUGAACUGUCCAAGACAGGAUUUGUACAGGAUCUACUCCAAGUGGGUUGAUGAGUUGUGCUUUAACCAUCAACCUUUGUACCUUUUUCAUGGGUCGAAGUCAAUGGUCCAAUGGAUCAAUGGAUCAAUGGAUGGUCACUCCGAAUUUCAUCAUUUCUGGGUUGACCGCCCAAUGACCCGACCCAUGGCUGUCAGUAGCUGGUUUAAUCCUUCCAAGCGAAGGUUCGCUUCAGUUUGCCACGAUUGGUGCCCGGGUCGCGAAGCGCCGGGGGCCGUCGCGCCGUCGCUACGUCUGUAAUGGUUCUGUUAACGAAGGCCAUAGCCUGAAGGGCGUCCUGGC